AUGUCAAAAAAAGUAGCAAGUGACGAUAUCUUCAAAGGUAACAACGUCGAGAAAAUUAAUUCAGAACUAUUCACACUCACUUAUGGUUCCCUUGUUGCACAACUAUGUCGAGAUUUCAAUAACAAUUAUCACGAGGUUAACAAUCAGCUUGAUAAGAUGGGUUACAACAUUGGCCUUCGAUUAAUUGAGGAAUUUCUUGCCAAAACCGGAGUGAGACGAUGCUCAACAUUUAAGGAGACUGCUGACAUAAUCUCAAAAUUGGGAUUCAAACUAUUCCUCAAUAUCCAACCCGCGGUAGAGAAUUGGUCACUGGAUCUGAGAUCAUGUACGUUGGUAAUACCUGAUCCUAAUCCUUUAACUGAGUUUGUUGAUUUACCAGUAACUGCAGACCCCAAGAUUGCAAAAGAGUUAUGGUACUCACAAGUUUUGUGUGGUGUAUUGAGGGGCGCAUUACAAAUGGUGCAGUUGGAUUGCGAUGUGUAUUUUUUGAAGGAUAGAUUGAGAGGCGACGACAGGACGGAGAUGAGACUCAAGUUGAACAAGAUUUUGAAAGACGAGGUCCCGGCCGGAGAGGAUUAA